CGCGUCUCCAUUCCCACACAACGUCAUCAUGGCGCCUACGCGCUCUAGCAAUAAAGAAGUCAAAAAGAAACGGAGGGGCAGACCACCAGGAAGUCGCAAUUCCACCGUCGGCUCGAAGCCAGCGCCAAAGCCCGGUACAGCAAAGAAGAGGAAGCCUUCAGCCAAACAGCAGCCACAAGAAGCCGAAGAUGAACUAUCCCUAAUAGAACCAGCUCUAUCAAACCGACCAAAACCUCGCAAGCGCAAAGCUGACGACACUGCCGCUUCCGCGGCUGAGCCAGAAGCCCAGUCUCGCAAGGAGUAUCUACGGCUCGAGGCAAAAUCAAGGAGAAUCACACGCGACCAAGUCGACAAAUGGCCAGAAAUAUCACCCCAGGUCUUGGAGCAGAUCCUCGCCGUGGUGCGCAAUGCGAAGAAGGACACGGCUGAGACACAGCGGGACGAGCGGAAGGUCAUGACUGCAUACAACACGCUUAACCCACUUGUACGAAGACUAGCACGCCAACUGGCUGAGUCGCGGAUUCCUCCACAAGCCAAAGACAUACAUUUUAACAUCGAUAAGCUGACGGAGCGCAAUGCUCAAGUCUCGCGAGAAGUCACUACUGCGCGACACUCGAAGCAGCUGCUCAAUGAGCAGAUCAAGACCGCCGAGCACUUGCUUGGCAAGGACGAAGAAUACCUGGAGUCGAUGAAGAAGAACGCAAAGACGUGGAGGGCUGAGUGGAAACAUCAGCGGAAGCAUGGACGUCUCCAUCCCUUGCUCCAAACCGACAACGAGGUCGCUAUUGAUGGCGACCGCCCUGAGGAUAUUGGUCUGAAACCACGAAGCUCAGUAGAUCUUUCGUCCCUCGACUCGCCCGACUCCGACCUUGGCCCUGUGCUUGAACAAUUGAAACGCAGCUUAAAGAACAUGCAGAACAACCAUAUCCAAGUAGAGGGCCUCGAUACGGCAAUAGGCAAUGCACAAGCUGCGCUAGAUGAUGUCCUAUUUCGGCAUGCCAAUGCUGCACAGUGUGCCAACUUGUGAAAUAUUGAGAUGCGGAUGCGGGACAAGAGUUUUCUUUCCUUGUUAAGGUAAUGUAAACAUACUUAGGCGCAUAAAGCAACUUUGGGGAAACGAGUGACGUUUGUAGGGGUUGGCGUUUAUCCAAUACUUCAGGACGGGUUUCAGGAUUACUACUACUACUACUAUAUUUCGAGCACUAUGUAGUAUACGAAGACAGCCCGUAAGAGGCUGUGGCAGGUUGGGCGUGGGGCUCAACGAAACUGCAAUACUUUCGGCAUCCACCCCCAUGUCUCCCAGUUUUGGAGCUGAGAGGGGAUCCGACAGGGUGGUCAUCGGAAAACGUGCAUGUGGACUCUGGUAGCUUCAAUACUCUCAUGUAGUGUAGCAACAAAAUGCCAAAUGUGAUUGGCUCCAGCUGGCUCUCAUAUCGCCGCAGAACCACAC